UCUCUACAUGAUAUAUAAAUGAGGUUAUGUUAGUGCAAAUAAAACGUGCUCACAGUGAAUAAAACGUUUUUUUAUGACCUCUGUGUGUUAAUGAUGGGUUCAGCAGUUCAUUUCUAAGUGGGUCAAUCUGACCAAAUAGAUUCUCACUGUGUAAAAAGACACAGGAUCCACUAACCAAAUCUAUAAGGACAUCUGUAAGGUCACCUUGACCUCACAUUAAACAAACAAUAAAUAGGCAGGCCUAUGGCUGAAUGCACUUUACCUCUGUAAUCAAGAUUAUAUGAGAAGGCUGGAGUUCUCUGGUUCAUUAGAGGUAUAAGGUUGUUAAGUCCUUGUUGAGAAGGACACACAAUAAGCCUUCCUCCUCCUCCUCAUCCUCCUCCCUCCUCCUCCUCCCUCAAUCAGGCUUUAUAAAUGAAAGAGCUCAGGAGUUCAGUUGCUCCCGAUGUGAGCCUCAGUGAGCUCCGGUGCUUCCACGUCGUUUUCCUGCGGAUUUCUUUUUUUUAUUAAAAGCGAGAAGGUCAGUGUGCAGAGAGGAUGCAGCAUGCAAGACUGAUGUCAAGGUCACUCAUCCAUACGGGACACUUAACCUCUUAGAGAUUACUAAAAGUUCGACAACUGCGACAAAGUUUUCACUGGACUUUCUUUGCAUAAAAAGUAUAAUAUUUUAUUUUUCUUUGCUCCGCCUCCCACCGGAUAGUGCGUUUCCGUUGCGCCGCUAUGUGUGCGCUUCUGUCGGCGUGCCUGUGCCUGCUGCUCGGCCUCCUGCCUCUGGAGAUCCAGUGCCGGGCUCUGACUCUGCAGAGCCUCACUCACAGACAGAGGUUGAAUUUACCCAGAACCUCUAAAUACCCAAAGUCUUCUAACACCGCCAUCAUGCCUACUGCGUCUCAUCUCCCUGUCGCCGUUGACAACCACAUCACGGAGGGAGACAGACAUAUCAUCUGGAGGACCCUGCUGCACAAAGAGCCCCCGCCGAGGCUGUCCGACCCAUUGCUUGACCAAAGAGACAGUUUUCAAUGGGAAGCGCCGGCCUGGCAGCGUGGGUCACGGGGUCGUCGUCACGCCAACGGUGGCAGCGGGAGGGGCAACGUCCAUCUAAUGAGGGUGGGGUGUGUCCUGGGCACCUGUCAGGUGCAGAACCUCAGCCACCGUCUCUACCAGCUGAUUGGACAGAGCGGGAGGGAAGACUCCUCCCCCAUUAACCCUCGCAGUCCUCACAGCUACGGCUAACACCACACCUCCAAUCUACCGACGCCUUUAUCGUUAAGGGCUGGCAAGUUAGCCAGGUCCUUUGUUGCAUCAGUGACACAACUGGGGCCCAAAAUAAGCCUUUGAUGUCAGUCCUUGCAACCCUGUCUUCUAGAAAUUACUCUUGUAGAGUACUAAAUUGUUUCGCCAAUGCAUUGUGAUAAAAAACUAAAUCUUUGUAUUAUUAUUAUUAUUAUUAUUACAUUUUUUCCACAUGAGUAAACUAACAUUUUUUCAUUAUGUUAUUAGAAAACAUAAUCCAUGCAGGAUAACUGUUCUCCCUCCAAAAAAAUGCUGUUCCAAAUCAGUAAUACAUUUCAAGGAGACAGGGUUGGUCCUUGAUGUAUCAUCUGAUCUCAGCUGCUUAAUAGCAACAGUAUAAUCAUGGUUUAUUACAGCUGGGGUCUUUCUUUCAUAGGUUUGACCAACAGUCUUAUCUAUAUCGGUAACAUUGUACCCAUAAAAAAAACUGAAAAAGCAUCCGCAAAGGGUGAAACACGCCCCGCACUGUACUGCCAAGAAAUAGCAUCGUUAUUGGCGUGUUUGCGCUGUAAUAUCAUAAGUGUAUUGUGAAUCAGACCUUGAGACAGGCCAUAUAGCGGUUGCAAGUGAUGGUAAUUAAAGGUGCUAUCAUGAGUUUCUUGCCCCAUCGGACUCCAACUUAGUGAUGCUACCAUGUGCCCAGAUCUGAACAAUUAUUCUGGUGAAUACAAUGUUAUCAUAACCUACAGAUAUGAAGAUCAACACUGUGAAAAUUAUCUGUAACGAAACAUAACUUCUGUACUGUGUAGCAUUACAGUCUCUGGUUUCAUGGAGGUGUAGGCCAGUUUACUGCUGUGAAACUAGUGCUUGGUGCUCUGGCUAUUAACAACCAUUUAAACACUAAGUAUCUAAAGGAGGAAAUCUGUGAAUGAGAGAGGCGUCUUUCAGCCUGGCCUACCUGACUAAUGUCUGCUAUCGUCAUUGUUGGUGAUCCUGCUGAUCUUAACUUACUUGGGCUCAGAGCUAAUCCACCCUGUCUCUUAAAAGCACCUUCAUCUCCCUCUGCAAACAAGUAGCUUUAGUUCCGUGCGUACGGAAACCAAGAAUAACCUCCAAUCAAGCCCUGUUAACCCUUAACCCAAAACCCCGCACAGCACACAAUUAGCCAAAAUAACCACUAACCCUAAUCCAUGAACUGUCGGGACACUUCUUAACAAGACUGCUUGUCUCUCAACACGUACAACUACACUGUAGUGUUUGUUUUUGUUACCUGCAAACUGUAAAUCUGUGAUGCAUCACUUUGAAUUUUACUUACUAUAAAGUCUGUUCAAGCCUUAAUUGGUUUAAUCAUAUGUAAGGCCUUGUAAUGCUUUGCCUUUUGCCUAUCCAAAUUAAGCCUCACUGUGACUAUCAAAGUGUUAUUUAAAGCUUUAUAGUCUUCUGCUAUUCUGUGUGUCAGUUCAGCGUAACAGUGUCGGUAGUGAAAUGUAAAUAGGAAUGCAUGAAAGCACUUUAUUCUCCUUUACAUUCAGUGUGACUUGAAUUUUAAAAUUGUGUUAUUUAACUUAAUGAGAGCUGUAAAUAUCCCACUUCACUAAAUCUUCAUGUUCAUGUGAGCGCCCCUUCGAGGUACAAGUGUCCUUUUGUAAACCAUCUGUGUUGCUUUUCAUCUAAUGCUUCUUUGUUUUUACAGUAGCAGCAUUAUGUAAUAAAACUUCAGUCAAACCUUCAUGCGUAUUUCAUCUGUCUAGCAGUGGCGUGAGGUGCAAGUGUGACCUUUUAAAUGUUAAUACCCACAUUGUUUAUAACUGGAAAAUGUGUCGCAUGUAAUAAUGAUAAUGAUUAUUCAUCUGAGCUACUACUGUACACACACACACGCAGUAGAAGGCCCGUGAGAGUAAAUGAUAAGGGAAGUGAAAAGUCCAAAUGAAUGCCACAGAAAGGAGUGGACCAAGCAGAUUUAAGCUUCAUUCACACAUGCAGUUUAAUCCCUGAAAUGUUUCGGACCAUUUCCUGCAUUGGAUCAUGUGUAAAAAUGGGAAAUCUGAACUGCCAAUUUCCCACCUCAAGGCCUGCUGUGCAUUC